AAUGUCGAAAAUAACACACAGUAUCAACAAAUUUUAAAGAAAUUAAUUUUACCACAAAACCCGGAUCGAUCUGGUGCCAACAGUACUGUGGAUGAAUCUGUACUAGCCGCUGAGCUUCGCAGCAAACAUCCUGACAUCGAGGGGCAUCAUAGUUCAUGGCUGCUUUGGGCCAACUUAAUCAAUUCUUCUCCGAUACACGAACGAGAUAAACUGAAGACAUCCAAGGCACCACCGUUAGAACUGGCGAAAUAUUUUCGAUGGACGGCUAUAUCUGAAGCAGCAAGAUUGCAGUCGUUGCAUAGAGGAAUCGUGGUAGCGCAAACUGUGAAUGAUGGAUGGACAAAGCAAAUCGACGAAGUAAGGCAAGAUAUCGAUCUAGCGUUAACCGUGCUUCAGAGAGUUGUCGACAAACUUAAUGCAAUGGAAUCUCGAGCGAAGGGUGAAUCUGAACUAUUUGCAGCGAUGUCAUCGGCAACGCAGCCUGAAGAAAGUGAUAUUAGUCAGAAACUAUCAGCGAAGGUAGUGGACUGUACGGACGUGGAUCAUCAAUGA